CACGGUUUAGUCCUGUGAAGAUGUCAAACUAACCACCGGGGUUGCACUGACAUCUAGCGGCGGCUUUCGGAAAGGCAGAUACACCUGAGAGGGCUUUUCCUCGCAGAUCUUCGGAGCUGCACUCAGAGUUAAGGUAUGGACUCAAGCCGCCUUCUGGGGACCGACUAUGAAAGGAAGAAGCAGAAACUAAUGCAGGAGCUCCAGCUGGACUACAAACACAAUGUUUUCAAGAAAAAGGAUCUGAAAUCUAGAGAUCCUCAACAGCAGCCUGAGGGUCUGUCACUACCUAUUGAUGAGAGGAUAUCUGUAAAGGAAAAACUGAGAGAGGAGAGAAAUAAAGAGUACAACCUCUUCCUUCAAGAACAAGCUCAAGUCAGAAAGUUAAAGAAGAGAACAUCUGUCACUCACAAGCCUGGACAGAUUCAGGCUUCAGAUGGUAUGAAAACAAACAUAGUCCCUCUACCCAAGGAGAGGUGUCCAUCCAGGAAAGAUGCUGCCAUUCUAACCGAGGCACUGAAUGAUGGAACAAGCACAUGGAUCAGGGGUCCAGUUCAGAGGCGGCGAAGACGCUGGCAAAUAUAUAGAGUAGAAGAGCCCUAUAGCUCUGAGGAUGAGAUAAACACAGACAGAGAGGAUGAGUUUGAUUUGAAAUAUAGGCGGGGGAAGGACAGGGACACUCAAGAGCCUGAGCAUAAAGAGGAGAUGACAGCACGAGAGCGCAGAGUGAACAGGGUUUCUCAGGACAUAAAGGAGAUGGAGGCUCCUGUUCCUGAUCAGAACAGCAAUGAUACAAUUUGGAAGUCAGAUUUUCAAAUGCCAGGUAGCAUGAAGACACCCGCAAAACCUGCUGUCAGCAAGGAUGAGGUUAAAUUUGCUACUGGACUCCUAAUAGGAAAAGUAGAAGAGCAGACAGUAACUCAGAUGAGGAAAGAACAGUACCGACAGGACUUACUGAGACAGAUUGCUGAAAAACAGAGAAAGAAGACGGAGGAGAAGAGACUUGAGCUGAGGGUUGCUGUUUCUGGAGCUACAGACCCUGAGAAAGAGCCCAAUGGGAUACAGCAGGUUGGGUCCGUAAAUCAUGACUAUAACAGCCUGAGACGGGAUGUUCCUCACAAGCCAGGAAAAGCUCUGGAGGCUGAAGGGAAGCAUCCAAAUCCCAGUCUUGAAAAUGGGAAACCCACUGAGAACACAGAACAGAGAGCAAACCCAGGAAAGUCCCAGCUGGACUUCAGUGCAGCUCUCAGACAACUUCCUGGGAAGACGGUGCCUACAGAUGGGAUGGAAUUACCACAAGGUGUCCCCUCAUUGGACUACUUUGGUGCGGACUACCACAGAGACUUCUCAAACAUCCUAGGAGAGCCGACUGUGCCAAGGGUUGCAGGUGUUGCUCCUCCUGUACCUCCCAUUGUGCUUCAUACUUACAAGACUCCAUAUGAUGCAGCUUAUUACUACUAUGGAACUAGGAAUCCAUUAGAUCCUCAUCUUCCUCACAAUCCAAAUGGUCUUCCCGGGGGGAAUCAGCACUCUGGGAAUUCCGAGAUUCCAUCUCAGAGGACACCUCCUCUCAUAUCUAGUGGCCACACUGAAGCACCUCAUCAGCAUAGAGCAUCUGCUUUGGUUUUUGAAGAGCUUCAUGUAGAAAAUUCUAACCAGAGGAGAGAGAGUGCACUAAGCUACAAAGAGGCACUCAAACUGCAGAUUAAAGAAAGUGAGGAGCGUAGGAAAAGAGAGAAAGAAGAGGAAGCACGAUCCAAUGCCAAGAUAGAGGCUGAGAUCAGGGCAUACAAUCCCUGGGGGAGAGGUGGUGGAGGCGCUCCGAUUAAAGACCAACAAGGCAAACUUUUUAGUGACCUGAAUCAGAUGCACAGGAUCAAUGAGGCAUUAUACAGGAAUCCUCUGUCCACUCCUGGAGCUGAAGCUAGGUCUCUCUAUUCCCAUCAGCUAACAGGUCUCAAGGAUCAGCCGCCUACACAGCAGGACAGUUACAAAGAAGCCCUAAAACAGCAGAUCGAGGAAAACAGGAGAAAAAAGCAGGAGGAAAAAGAAUGCAUUAGGAUUGAGGAGGAGAAAGAAGAGAAGAGGCUGGCCGUGGAGAGAGCUCGCUUACAGCAGGAAUAUGAGGAGGAGCAAAGGAAAGAAAAAAAGAAGAUUGAGCUUAAACUGAAAAAACAAGGGUGGAUCCAUCAAGCUGAAAGACAUCGCAAGGAGGAAGAAAAGGUGGUGAGGCAGGAAAAAGAGACUGAGAAGGUACCUCAGAGCACCAGGGCAAGAGAGGAGAAAGACUUACAGUUGAAUUAUGAGCAGAGACAGUCCUCACCUCCCAUCCCAACGUUGCAGAAGAAGGUGGCAAAUCUUGAGCCAUCUAGGCCGUCCUCUGUUUCGAGCCGACGCUCAUCCAGAACUAAUCGCUCAGUGUCAGCAUCACCUGAUAAAAUACCCAGGAGCCAGGAUGGUCAACAGGAAGCAGUCAGAGUGCUGUCAGCUAUGCGUAGGUAUCUGAAGGAAGAGCAGAGACGACUGGAUGUUCAUCGGACAGAUUCACAGGAGACCCACUACACUCCAGUAAACAGAAGACGACCAAAAGUGGAUGACUUUGAAUCUGCACACGGAGAAGCUGUCCUGUCUUCCGCUAGGGCUCCUUCUCCAGCUGAUCCGCAUGCUAACAGGCAAAACAUCAGGGAGUUCAUCCAGCUUAAAGAUAGAGAUACGGCAUCCCGUCAGGAGGUUCGAGCCAUGUAUCCUGACCCUCCCACUGAUGCACAAAGUCUGGACAUCCAACAGCAAGCACUUCUAUGUGAACAACAGCGCAAAAUCAGGCUUAUGAAUCGACUGAAAGAUGACGACUUCUUGGACCAUCAACUAGGUGAUUAUUAUCCUUGGAAGAAACCUGGACGGGUCAGUCACAGAAACCCCACAUUACCAUCUGAGAGUACUUUUAUUGAUGUUUAUAGUGGUGAUGCACCUGAAGAGCAGAGGUCCCCUCAACCAUCAGCAGGGCACCAGGAGAGGACGGCCCCAAGGAGGAGACUUAACUGUGAUGAGGUGGCUGAGAGGGGAGGUGAUAAUCAGCCAGAGGCAAACGGUCUAAACCUCAGCUCUAAAGUGUGGGAUCGGGACCAGAACCACAUUAUGAGACCAGACUCCCACUCUGGUGACAACAUAAAAGAUUGGCUGCCUGGUGAUGAAGCAGACGUGUCGUUGCUGGGCUCUGCCCUGGGGAGGCGCGCCUCUAUGGACACCGUUGCCACAGAGCCGUGGCUCCGGCCCGGAACGUCAGACGCUGUAAAGCACCAGGGCUGCAGAGACAGGAGAAACAGCAGGGUGGAGCAUCCACCCUGACUUACACAAAUCAUUACAUAGCUUAACAAACAAACGGCUAGCCGCAACUAUAAUCCAGUGAUUCAGCAUUUCAAAUCAACCAAGUUCAAAAACUUUAUUGACCUAGAACCUGAUUAGAAUGCCAGAUGAUGUAUUGUACAGAAAGUUGUACAUAAUCUUUUGCAACAUAGAAAACUUUACAUUGCUGUAUCAUAUACAUUUUGUUUUCUACAUCCAUGAGCAGGAAUGCAUCCCAUUCAUACUUAAAGCACAGCUAACAUUUGUCAUUGUCUCUAUACAUAUAUCUCCCCCCACCCCACCCCAGACCAAAGGAAAAAAAAACAUUAAAUAUAUUAUUAACUUUUGAUUUUGUACACCAGAGUGAAACCUAAACUCACAUGAAAACAGACUAGUGACUCAAAAAGCAGCUAGAAUCAGUUUGCUCUGGCCUUCCAGUUAUAGAAGCCCCAUUACGUCUAUCUCAGUUAAAAACCUAAUAACAUAUAAAAUGGAAUAAUUUAACCCUUCACUUUCCACAGUCUUAGUUUAAUUACAAUUCGUACUGUGUAGGACAAUCUGCGGGAGAUGGUACAGUCAAAUAAAUUAUCACAAAAGUAAAAUCUCCAGUGCAUUCAAAAAAAAAAAAA